AUGACCCACGUGAAAGAUGAUGAUAUUUUAAAAGCACUUUUGGACGAAGGAGAUGACUUCGAAGUAGAAUCCGGGAGUUCAGAACCGGGCUCUGAAGUUGAAUCAGAACACUUGAGUGUUCAUAGUGAUAUAAACAGCGAAGUGGAUGCCGAAAUUCUUUCUUCCGAGUUUGAGAGCGACGACGAAGUACCCCUAUCAGAGGUUCGCGCGUCGAGACAAAGUUAUUAUACUGGCAAAGAUAAGACAACAAAGUGGCAAAAAGAACAAUUCAGAAGCAAUGUUCGUAGUAGAGCAGAAAAUAUUAUUACUCAUUUGCCUGGUGUGAAAACAGCUGCAAGGGGUAAGUUGUCACCUCUUGAGUGUUUUGAACUAUUUAUUUCCGAUGCUAUGACGGAUGAAAUCGUGAAUUGCACUAAUGAGAAAAUACUCUCCCGACCAACUGGUGAUCCUCAACAAUCACAAACUACAAAGGAGAAAAUAAAAGCCCUUUACGGUUUACUUUUCCUAUCAGGUUUGGCUCGUUCUGGACGUCAUAUUACAAUUGAUUUAUGGGCUACUGAUGGGACAGGAUUGGAUAUUUUUAGAGACACUAUGAGUAAAAAAUAG